AAAGGAAACGAAUCUAAAUCUUCUUUGUAUUUUAUUGCUCUUAAUUUAAUUAUGCUCAUUUCAGGAAUGUUUCAAAAGCAAUUUAAACCUCCCUUUAAAUGGAGUAAAUCACGAUUCUUCUACAGAGUUCGGCAUCCCCACCACUGCAAUCAAGCGCCGCACACCUACUGAUAACGCCGAGGUCGAGCGGACAAUGGCCGCCGCCGCCGCCGCCGCCGCAGUCGCCGCCGCCGCUUCGUCGCAACCGGCGUCCCAGCCCCUCGCCGGCCGCGUGGCCAUCGUGACGGGCGCGUCGCGCGGCAUCGGGCGCGGCAUCGCGGCGCACCUGUCCGCGCUCGGCGCGAGCCUCGUCCUCGGGUACGCGUCCAGCUCCGCCGAGGCCGACGCGCUCGCCGCGGAGCUCCCCCGCGCCGUGGCCGUCAAGGCCGACGUGUCCGACGAGACGGGCGUCCGCGCCCUCUUCGACGCCGCCGAGUCGGCCUUCGGCGCCGGGGCGCACAUCCUCGUGGCGAACGCCGGCUUGCUCGACGACAGGUACCCGCACCUGUCGAACACCCCCACCGCCGACUUCGACCGCACCAUCGCCGUCAACCUGCGCGGCGCGUUCCUCUGCCUCCGCGAGGCGGCGAACCGCCUCCCCCGCGGCGGCCGCAUCGUGGCCAUCACCUCGUCGGUGGUCGCGUCGCUGCCGCCUGGCUACUCGGCGUACACGGCGUCCAAGGCGGCGGUGGAGGCGAUGGUGCGGACCAUGGCGAAGGAGCUCAAGGGCACCGGCAUCACGGCGAACUGCGUCGCGCCGGGCCCCGUGGCGACGGACAUGUUCUUCGCCGGCAAGGACGAGGCGUGGGUGAAGCGCACCGUGGAUGCCAACCCGACGGGGCGGCUCGGCGAUCCCGGCGACAUCGCCGCCAUGGUCGGCUUCCUCUGCACCGACGCCGCCGAGUGGACCAACGGCCAGGUCAUACGUGUCAACGGCGGCUACGUCUCUUGAGGGUGGUGUCGGUGGCACGAGCGAUUUGGCCGCGUGUUCGAAUGUUGCAGAGAACUGAAUAAAUUUGGGGACAUUUGGGGAAAUUCGAUUCGAAUCGACUGAUCUGUUCAUAUAUACUGCUCUGCUUGAGUCGAAAUCUUGAAUAACUCUGAUGAAUGUAUAAACAAAAUCCUCACAAAUUGCAAACGCAAACGCAAA